CGUCGACAUUUCAGAAAAGUUACAAAGUUUUUGAUGAGUUAAACUAACUUUUAAAAGUUGAUAAAAAUGUGUUAAAUUAAUUUUAAACAAUAAGUAUCGUGAUUAGAAUGUGUGAAAAAAGUUUUUAAUAAGUUGUGGUGUGUACUAAGUUGUAUAACUGUUUAUUAUUUUGUGUAGGUGGCUAUCUAUGUGGAUCAGUUUGUUCUAAUGUGAAAGUGUAUUUUCGCAUAAAAUUUAGAUCCCAUUGUUCAAAACUUUCCGGGUGACUGUUAAGAAAAUGUGCCAGUGCCUUGCGUAAGACGUCGUCAGGACUCGUAAUGCAUUGUGCGUGGUAAAACUUUUUAAAACUUCUCGAAACAAAUCAAAUAGAAAAAUGAAUGUGCCAUCGCAAGAUAAUGUCCGCCUGCUGUCAUCUGACGAGGGCGGUGGUAGCUCCGACAGUCGAUCGGACAGCAGUGAAGACGAAGUCACGGAGCACGUGACAGCUACACCACCACCCAUCAUGGCUGCGGCUAGAGCACAGGUGCCCACCAUAAGUGUGACUCCACACAGUCCAGGCGUGCUAGACGACAGUUUGCAGCAAUUACGUCGCUUGCAUGCAGCCGUGCAGCGGAUGAGAGCAGCGCCUUUGCCGUUAUUGGCAACAGGCACCAGCAGACUCAGUACAUCGUGCCCGUCGUUGACCAAAGAUGGCGUCGUUGAAACUGAAUGUUCGUCGCCUACGCAUUUGGAUUUCUACCCGCAGAGUAGGAAGGGCAGUGGUGAAUCCCGACAAUGGAUAUCAUGGGAGCGUCGUGAUGAAGGCCGCCGUAGUUCUUGGGCGGCGCUCGAACCGGCACCGCCUUGUGAACAACGACAUAGAGGUGCGCUCAACGGGCACAGUGCGUCCCUAUCGUCGAUGGAGUCGGAGGGCGAAGUGCCAAGACCAGUACGGCAUUCUACACACUCGUUGAAUGACAACGAUCUUGCUAAAGAGUUCGAAAAAGUAACCGCCGCUCUACGCGGCGCUACGACGGCUCUACCAUCGAGCACAAGUUCCCGCUUACUAGCACGUCUCCCGCUACAGAAGAGCGUCUCUACGCCGAGCAUCGUAGCGGCCGUGCAGCCGCCGCAGCCCCCGCCCGCGCCCAAUGUCCUCUCCGCGGGAGGUGCGAGCGAGACGGAGAGCGACGAAGACGCGUCCACCGCUACUGUUGGAGCGACGCAAUUGACUGGACGGAGAAACAACACGCAUCAAGAGCAUCUGGGAUUGCAUAGAUUGGCCUUCCUCGAGCAAGCGGCCUAUGACCACCAUGCUGAAAAACGACGGAAGCGAGGCAGUCUAUUCUUCAGGAAGAAAAAGGAUAAAUCUCGCAAAGCGGCGCACGUGUGGCAGGCGGCGGUGGCGGGCGGGCACUGUGACUGGUGUCAACGGGAAGUUGCAGACAAGCCUGCGUUGUACUGUGAUAAUUGUACAAUGACGGUGCAUCAGAACAUAUGCAAAGAUUAUAUCGUGGAGUGCAAUAAACCUAAAUCAUCGAAGACAACAGUAGGAAAAUCUCUAAGCGCAAGCAGCGGGAAAAGCAGCAAGCGAAGUUCCGUUUCCGGCCAAUCACAGAACUCGAAUAGCACAAGUAUUUACAAUGACGAAAAGGACGGCUCUGAUCAUAAACACGAUCAAAGCAACGCAUCAGACGACGGUGUCACAGAAUGGCCAGAAGUGUACAUAACACCAGACCAAUUGGGCGAAGAGGCGAUACUUUUGGGUCUGGGCGCGGCUGAACCGGAGACCUGGGCGGCUGGUGCGCCUAAGGGAUUGGCUAAGUCGCUCGGAGAGAGGGAAACAAAACGACAGGAACACAUUUACGAGUUAAUACUAACAGAGAAACAUCACUGUUUGACGAUACGACUUAUGCAAAGGAUGUUCGUGGAAGGCAUGACCCGUCUAACCGGCAUAUCGGACUCGCAAGUGUCCCGCAUGUUCCCGCGUCUCGACGAACUAUGGCACUUGCACGCGGCGUUGCUCGGCCGCCUGCGGGCGAGGCAGCGGGCGGCGCCGCGCGUCAACACUAUAGCCGACAUACUGGCUGAAGCUUUUGCAUGCGAUCAUAGAGCGCUGAAGGCUGCUUAUGGUGAAUUCUGCUCAAGGCAUCGCGACGCAGUGGAGGUGUUCAAAGAGUGCUGCGCGCGGGAGCCGAAACUCGCGAGAUUUAUACGGAAGUGCCAACAGAACCCGCUGCUUAGGAAAAAGGGUGUGCCAGAAUGCGUGUUAUUCGUGGCGCAGAGGCUUACCAAGUAUCCAUUGCUAUUGGAACCGCUGUUGAAAACAGCCGGCGAAGAUCUCACGGAGAGGGAGUUGUUGCAAAAAGCGCUUUGUGGUGUUAAGGAAAUAUUAGUAGACGUUGAUAAUCAAGUGGCUGCCAAAGAAAGGGAAGAUAGAAAAUUGGAAAUUUAUCACAAGAUAGAUGCGAAAUCGUUUGCCAACUUCCGAGGUCGGAAAUUCAAGAAGAGCGACAUUUUACAAGGCAAUAGGAGUCUCAAAUUCGAAGGUGUGGCAACCCUCAUGCAAGGCAGGAGCAAAAUGCAAACGUUGCUGGUUAUCGUGUUGACCGAUGUUCUAUUCUUUCUGCAUGAUAAUAACAAUAAAUAUACCUUCUUUACGCCUGAUAAUAAGACGGGCGUGGUAUCACUAUGCAAAGUGUUAGUCCGCGAAAAAGCGGGUGCAGAAGGGCGUGGCCUGUACAUAAUAUGCAGCGGGCCCGCUGACCCCGAGAUGUUUGAACUGCGAGUUCAUCGGCCAAAGGAUAUCGCCGCUUGGAUACAUGCUAUACGAGCGGCAGUACAAAGUUGUCCGGAAGAAGCGGAGGAGUGUGAGAGCGGACAACACGCGCCCUCCGCUGAGGAGAAACAGCGGUUAUUGGACGCUAGGCACGAGAACAUUAGACUGAUUACUGAGGCAUUGCGUACAAAGGACAAAGAACAUGCGGUACUGCUAGAAGAGAAAAUGGCGUUGCAUAUGAAGAUGUUUGGACAUACGGGCGCUUCAACGCUCGAGUUACCUAAUACUGGUGUAACAACAGUAUUCCCGGGCGGGCUCGUGUUCCCGGACUACGUGCGUGUGUCCGCGCCGACCGCCGACACGCAUGCGCUGUGGCAAGAAGUCUGUCGUGUUGUUAAGGACGCGCUCGAAGUGUGCAACGCGUACAGUACGUACACUCCAAUGAACGCGGGCGGCAUUAGUGUGGGACGCAGUACGAGUUCAGCGGGUGAGAGGCAUUCGCUAGCGUACGAGAGCCCCGCACUGCCGAGACGGGCCGAUACUUUUGCGGGAUUUGACAAACAUCGAGCUGGUGUGCGUGCAUCCACCGACACGCCCACGGAGGGCGAAGCGAAGGCGGAGGGCGCGCGGGAAGCGGCACUGAAGCUGCAGCACGCUAUAUACACGCUCACGUGUAUCGUGUGGCAGCAGCUCACUACUAUACAUAGCUUGGAGGCGCAGGUGUGCGCGUGGCGCUCGAGCGGCGGCAGCGCGGCGCGGUCGCACGACGCGCAGCUGGAGGAGCUGCGCCACGCGCAGGCGCGCCUCACCGCCGAGCGCGCCGCCUGGGAGGCGCAGCGCGGCAACGACCGCCACGCGCUGGCACAAGAAAAACGACAACUGCAAUCAAUGCGGCAGGAGUUGGAGGAACAACAGAAGGACGUGGAGCAGCAACGCGAGAGGCUCUACAGGCGAUUGGAGAGGCUACAGCAACACGGUGGUUCACAAGAAGAAAUAGCAAGUGUUGGCACAUUAUCUCCAGAUUCUAGUGUCAGCGAUACGAACAGGCGGAAGGAACCUAAGUGGCGAAAUACGCGAGGCUCUACGGGUUCAGAGUCAGGUGCGAGCGUGUGCAGCGCUCGAGGCAAUCCGCUACCGCCUCCACAACUAUUGUCCGCUCAGAACGAAACAAGGGCUAUUGUGAGGGCACCUGUACAGCAAAUGGUAAAACAACAGUUACCAUUGAAACUAGCGAGUGGCAAAUCACAACAACCCCCGCCUGGAUACCACCGAUUGCAUGAGUCUCCCAGCGAUCACAACCAAGGUCUAGUAAUACAACACACACGCACGGGAAGCUCGCCGGCGCAGAUGCCUUCACAACAGCCCGCUAAUAACAAGGCUACGAGAACGAACACGUACCCCAAGCUGCCGGACAAGUUCAGAGUCCGUUCCCCGGACCCUCCCCCCCUGUCCAACCCUCAACAAAUCCCCCCCACUCCCACACAAAUACCCCAAAUCCCACAAAUUCCUCCACAAAUCACCCCAGAGGAGGAGGUCAUAUACUUCUGACACACCGAAAUAAGAAAUAGUAAUACAAGAUCCUGAGGAUGUCGAUUGUUCUAGAAUAAAACUGGGAUAUACUAAAUAGUGUACUAGUAAAUGGUAUUUAGAACUAAAUAUGAGAUUUAGUAUUAAUACGUAUUAUGUAUACUGAAAAUAAAUGUGACCCUAAAUGUAUUGGAAAGAAAAUAAGGAUUGCUGUUUUUUUUAUGUCUUGUUAGGUUUGGGGAUGAAAAUUUAUUUAGUAAAGAAUUAUACAAAGUCAAAUAUAGUCUUGUUGGAUACAGAUAAAUAUAUAUUUUUUUCUUUUUUACAUUUUUUUGAACAAGUCAAUUUUAGCCAAAUGAAAAUGUAAAAAUGUGAACCUUAUUUUCUUCUCAGUAUAUUGUACACGGUAAAUACUUGAAUAUUACAUACCGUUUGAUGCUUUCCGUGUCAGGAUUUAGCGCUAAGCACUUAACUUCAUAACUUAGUGUCAGUUUCAUUGCGAAAAUUAGGCGUAAAACACUUACUAUUAAAACAUACCGUUGAAAGGCGCGAGGCGUGAAGGAAUUAACUUAAAAGUAAAAGAAAGGGCUAAAUUUCAAGUAAUAACUCUUAGUUACUGCUCAAUAUUGAGUUUGGACGUCUCAACGUCUCUCGAACUCACGUGUCCAAUUUAUUAGAGAAUUAGAGAUAUUCUAAAAAAAAAGUCUUUGACAAUUUUUCUAUAUAAGUAAAUAUGAAAGCAUACGACAUGCUAAGUAUACUUAUUAAAAUUUAUUAAGUAUUGGUUAAAAUUUAAAUAAAUAAAUGUGGGAAAAUGGCAUCUCAUUCCAAACAAAAUGAAAAAAGACAAAAAAUGUCCCUUAAAAAGCUAUACAUAAAAUCAAUUCGUCAUUAUAUGUAUUUAAUUCGUGAUAUCUCAAACAUUCCUUGUUGAUCUCUUGAAAGUAUUUUUUUCUUUUCUUUAUAAAAUUAUAAUUUUAAUAUGUAUUAAUAAUUCUGUGAUCGACUGGCAACUAUUUUUAAUCUAUGUUCGCGAUAAAACGCGGGAAAAUGUUUGGCAGCUUUUUAAUUUUUUUUAUUAUAAAAUCGAAUCGGCAGCUCAACUCUAACGACGUUUUAUAAUAUUGAAAAUGAAUGAUAUGAAAUUAUGAAAAUAAAAAGUAACCUCUAUUACUUACACGAUAAGGACGAAAAUCGAAUAAUGACUCUUGUUAUACAUUAAUUUAGAUGUGUCUAACAUUUAGCGUAGAAGUUAUUGUUACAACAUGUUUUAACUUGUAAAUAAAUACUUGUUGAAUGAAGUUUGACGUAGAAUAUAAAAAUAAGCUAAAAUAAUCAAUAAAUUAUAUGACCGAAUUAAAGUACGGAGUUAGGUAAAUACUUGAGUAGUAAAUUGCCAAAUUGCAUUUUAUUUAAUAAUAAUAAUGUUCGGUACAAAUUGACCAUAUCUUCGUUUUUUACUAUAUUCCAAUUUUAUCACAUUUUACCGUUAUUACUUCACCUUUUUAUCUGAAAAUUACUUAAAUAAUCAUAUAAUAAACUGAUAUUUAGAUACAAUUGUUGCACGUUUUCCUGAGAAUUGAGUGAACAGAGCUAUAUUUUUAAAUAAAUUACGAUAUUUAAAUUAAAUAUUUUUCACAGAUAUUCUAACAAAUAUAUUUAUGAGCUUAAUACUACCUUAAUCAUUUUCAUGGCCUUUUAAAACAGUUUAUAGUUAAAAAUAUCAAUGUUAGCUUAAUAUGAAUUAUAAUUUAAAUUCAUGAAUAUAUUUAUACAUUUAUCAAAUGUGGAAAUAUGCAAACUGCUUCUUCGUUAAUAAAAAAACAUAUUUGUUAUGUAGCUAUUUCUUAUUGGAACUGUCGGUACGAGCGGUGGGUACUUUUAAUUAGCGUAAUUUUUUGCCAAUUUGAGAAAUUUUAGCCAACUAAUGUGAAAAAUUUUAACCAACUAGGUAAUGUCAGAAAAUUUAGCCAAUUAAUGUCAGUAAUUUUAGCCAACUAAUGUGAGAGAUUUUAGCCAACCAAUGCAUAACAUUUUCGCCAAAAUUCUUGUCUAAAAAGGCCCAAUAAAUUCAUCGAACUAUUAAAGUUAUAUGAGCGUUAUUUAUACAAUCCGCAUUAUCAAUAAACGUAACUUAUUGUACAUUCCUCGAUGUAUGAUAAUUUAAUGCUCAAAAGCAGUUCUAAAAGAAGUCUAAUUGAAUAAAUAAAAUUAAAAUUUGCUUUGGUCGUCAACGAAAUAGACAGCUUGAUCAUGUCAAGUUCUUCCUCUAACGAAGAAUAAAAUAGUCUUGAAAUACUGUUACUGCACUCAACGCUCGUACCGACAGUUUCACCAUGUUAUCUAUGUACAUAUGUUAUUAAAAUUUAAAUGUUAUCCACGUUUCAAGUUACGAGAUUCUAAAUGAGAUUGGCAAUUGCAUGUUAAGUGUGUGAUUGCCCUAUGAUUUCUAAUUGAUCACAAGGACCAGACUAAUAAGGAAUUGGCUCGUAUAAAUUGUAUGGAUUAUAACAUACAAUUGCUAGUCUUAUGCAUUUAUUACGCGUUUGCACAUAAUUUAAAAACAGAACGAAUACAGAUUAAUAAAAAAAAUCACGUUUUUCUUUUUAAAAUGACAAGUGAUGGAAAAAAUGGCGCCAAAACGUAAGUGUCAAAGUUUUUAGGUUAUGUGCAAAUGGCGCUUGUUUAGCUCACUUAGUAUAUUGUUGUUACAUGAACCUACAAGACUAUGUAACUAUUUUUCGUGCAUUUACUGUAAUCCUUUUUACUAUUAGGUCUUUUGAAGAGGUGAUAUUUUAAAACUAUUGUCUUUCGGGACACUUUCUCUGUAUAUAUAUGAAUGUUGAUGUUUGAAUAUUAGGUAGAUAUAUAUUGGAUAAUGACACUUAGGUAACUCUAAUGCAAUGACACCUAACAUCUCUUGCUUUACUUUCAUACUGACUAACUUGUUGCAAACUUUGAACAAGUUAAUAUCGUAUGAUGAAUGUUAACAUCAUGACAAUAAAAUAAAAUCUAUUUUUCCGAUGUAAUAAAAAAAAAGUGUUUCGGAUUUAACGUCUGUUUAAAGAUACAUAUUUUUUGCAAAAUUAUAAGUAUAUUACAAGCAAUUUAUAUCUUCGUAUAUGGCAAUAAAUAAAAUAGUUAUAAUUGUAAUGCAUUUAUGUAUUUUGUUCUUGAAAGUUUAUUAUAAUGUAUAAAAUUAUUAAGCAUAAUAAAUAUUGCAUUUAAAUGUGAGAGAGUAUAUUUUUGGGUAGAUGAGGGAAUCGAAGAUUGGUAACAAGCUAAGGGAUAUAUAUUUCUUAAUAGAUAAUCUUGAAGAUAUUAUAUUUUCUAGUAUAAUUGACGGUCCCUUCAAUUAAUACAAUUUUUUUUCAACAUCCAUAAGCAACUAUGUUUGUGAUAAUGAAGGCAUUUUAUGUCACUUAAGACAGUACAAAAUCAAUUUAUUUCUACACAUUCGUCUGUAUCAGCUUUUUUUUUAUAGUAUUUUAGUUUUAAUUAGAUCAAGAUAAGUCAAUAGUCAAAUAUUUUGUCAUCGGGAGAAUCACAGUAUUUUGACGUUUAAAUUUGUAGGUUAAUAUUAUAUUUAGUGAGACAUUACUUACUUAGGUUUAAGGAAUUAAGUUUCGUGGCAAUAUUUAAUGGAUAUGUAAGCUUUAAUUGAAUAUUUAUUAUUUCGAACCUACUACGUAUUCCCUCCAAAAUUUAUUUUUUAUCUGUGGCAACGACAAUACUGUCAUGUAUUGCUCAAUUGUGCUCACUUAUUCCUUAGCAAUCGAUUGAUAUUACAAUUUUGUAUAGAUUUAAUUAUUGUUAACGUAUCAUUUUCACUUCCAAUUUAUUUGUCAUGAUCUGUGAGGGCUUUGCCCGUAUGUAUUUAGAAUAGAUGAAUGAAAUAAACAUUUACUUAGAAUUA